AUGACGCGUCUUCCAUCGCUCGUCGCGCCGCUCGCGUUCGCGCUCGCGCUGUGCGCGCUCGCCACCGCCCCCUCCGCGCGCGCGGUGAUCGAGACGAAGUCGAACACCAUCGAUCACGUCGCGGACACCGGUUUAGGGUACGUUCCGAAGUUCAACGUGAAGUCGGACUCAGGGAUCAAGCACGUCGUCGGGAGCACGACCGUGUGCGAGGCGAGCUCGACCGGCCUCGCCGUCACCGGGGAUGUCACGGUCAGCGGGAAGGUGGCGCAGAGCGGGAAGCCCUACGCGUUCGGUUCCGGACUCGUUUGCGCCAAGGCUGUGGGGGGGGGUGUCACGGGGCAGUGUUCAGGCGGUCACGCACUCCUCCUCAGCACGGGCACGAAUCUGGCGUGGAAUCAUCACACCAUGAGCGGAGGGUUCACGACGGACGCCGACAAGAUGAACAUCAUCCCUCCGACCACGGGCCAUUAUAGGGUGUCCGCGAUGUUCACUUUCGAGUCUCCGCACGAUGAGCGAACGAUCACGGUCCAGUUACGCUCCAGCGCCGGUUCCCUCAUCGUGUGCCAGACGCACGCGCACGCACACUAUAAUAACGCCGACGGGUGGAUGAAAUCGUCGUGCACAAUCUCGGGAGUGGUGCUGUUGACCGGUAGUACGACGUACUACUUUGAGGGGAAAUCUCAAGACGACGGCACGUCGAAAGCGUUCAGCGAAGACUGGAGGGCGAAGUUCAUCGUCGAAGCGUUCCCGUGA